AUGGCGCCCGUGUCCCUCACCGCCUCGAAGUCCUUCACGCCGGACACGCUCGCUCUCUCCGGAGGGCCCUCGAAUGAGCCCAUCGGCAUGAGCAGCCACGAGCUCGCCCUGCUGCACCGGCUCAAGUCCGUGGCCCACAACAGCAACCACGAGGCCGCGCUGCUCGGCGCGCUUGCGCUCUGGGCGGGAACGAGGGCGGAAGAUGACGACAAUGACAAUGACGCCGAUGGCGACGCUGCACACGCCGAACCCAGCGCCGCGCACGCCGAACCAAGCGCUGCUGCUGACGAUGCCGACGGCUACUUUCAGGGGUCUACUGAGACUGCACUCCGCCGCUGGCUAGUGCACCAUUCGCGGGCCCUCUCCACCGCGCUUGCGGCUUGCAAGGCGCAGACUGUCACGGAGAGGGCAUCCCUCGCGGCGUGCAAGGCGCAGAGGGAAUCUCUCGAGGGGGCGAGCGAGCGCCUCACGUCAGAACUGGCAGCUCGCACUGCGACCGUCGAAAAGCUCCAGCUUACUAUCGCGUCACUCGAGGCGGACCUGGCCGCCCGCGCAGACGCCGGCUCUACGGAGGCGGCGCCUGGCGCAGAGCUUGCGGCGAGCUCGUCUCGCGCUGGGUCGAAGCAGGAGACCGCGAUGGACACGCCCAGCUGGCUCCGGAAGGCGGAGUCGGACCUGCAGGGUCGGCUCGAGGAGCUCUUCGCUUCUCUACGCGCCACGCUGCAAGACGAGAUUCAGGCGCGUAGCCAACGGCUUGAGGAGGUGGAGGCGCUCGAGGCGCGGCUCUCUGCCGUAGAGGCCGAGAGUGCGCAGCGCGCGAAGCUGCUCGAAGAAGCGACGUCGGAGAGCUCGGAGCUGAGGAAGCGGCUGGCGGACGCGGAGGCGGAGGCGGAGGCGGCUGCCCGCGCCAAGGCGCUCUCAGAGGUGGAGGACAAGUCAAAGGAGCGCAAGCUGCAGGAGGUGGAGGCGGGGCUCGCCGCGGCGGCCGCCGCAGCAGAGGAGCGCGUCUCUGCGGCAGAGAUGCAGGCGGACGCGGCGCAGGCAGUCGCCCAGGCGGCGCUGGCGGAGGCGCGCCGGGGCCUCGCCGAGCAGGCGGAGCGGGCGGACAGCGCCGAGGCUGAGCUGAAGGGCGCGCGAGCCGAGAUUGAGCAGCUUACUCUGCAGCUUCAAGAAGCCAUCGUCAAGGCGAUGCGGCAGGCGGAGAGCGCGCAGGCUCAGCGCCGCCACUCUGGCGGCACGCGCAAGGGGGCGGCGUGA